GAGGGGGGAGCUGGGGGGAGUCAGUGGGAGUGCAGCACUUGUUUCUGGAAUCUGUGGACUGGACUGUGGCAGAUCUUGACAUGUACAGCGGAUAUGGAGGGAGUCCGUCCCGAACCCUGUCCACCAUGUCUCUGUCGGUUCGGCCGGUCCGCCGCCUCACCUCCAGGUCCAUCACUAGGAGCCAGAGCUUCACUGGAGUCAACACCUACGACAAGGCGUACAGGAGCUUGUCGGUGUUCAGCACUCCAGGACUCAGCAGGAAGCCCAGCAGAGCCAGUAGGAUGUUCACCGCCUCCACCAAGGCCAACCCGCCGCCCAAAGUCCCCCAGCCGGAGCGACUGGACCAGGUCUACGACGCGCUGAAGACGGGACUGCAGUCCCACCUGCAGGUUCAUCAGAUGGACCUGGACAGCCUCACCCGGCAGAUGAAAGAAUCCAAGAGGAACUCCAGACUGGGUUUCCUGUAUGAAGUGGACAAGCAAGUGAAGGUGACAGAGAGGUACAUCCGCCGCCUGGAGUUUCACCUCAGCAAGAUCGAAGAGCUGUAUGAGGCCUACUGCCUGCAGAGGAGACUCCGGGACGGAGCCGACAAGAUGGUGAAGGCGUACACGGCGUCGCCAGGGAGCAAGGAGGCCCGGGAGAGUUUAGCCGAAGCCAAUAAGGGAUACAAAGAGUACACAGAGAACAUGUGUGUGUUGGAGAGCGAGUUCGAGAACCAGCUGGGAGAGUUUCACAUUCGGAUGAAAGGUCUGGCUGGAUUCGCUCGACUUUGUGCCGGUGACCAGUAUGAGAUUUUGAUGAAGUACGGUCGCCAGCGGUGGAAGCUCCGGGGCAGAAUCGAGAUCAAUGCCAAACAAGUGUGGGACAGCGAGGAGAUGGUGUUCCUGCCCCUCAUCAGUGACUUCCUGUGUGUGAAGGUGACGGAGCUGAAGAGUUUAGCCAAUCACGUGGUGGUCGGGAACGUUUCCUGUGAAACCAAGGACCUGUUCGCCGCUCUGCCGCAGACCGUGGCCGUGGACAUCAACGACCUCGGCACCAUCAAGCUGAGCCUGGAAGUCACCUGGAAUCCGUUUGAUAAAGACGACCAGGGCUCCGUCACCAGCACCGUCAACAAAGCCCCGUCCGUCAGUAAGAGGUUCUCCACCAUCUUCAACCAGAGCCCCCCCGACACCCCGUCCCUCCGAGAACAAGCCUUCUUCAACAUGCUCCGGCGCCGGGAGGAGUUAGAAAAUGGGGCGGCGUGGUCGAAUUCGUCUGAAUCCUCUGACGACUCCAGUCCGCAGCUGCCUGCUCAGGGGCCGCGCAACUCUACGCGUCCAACGGGAGUGUUGGUCACAUCCGAUCUCCAGCCGGCUGUCACUGGAAGCUCCUCCUCCAAUUCCGACGUUUCCUUCGGCUGUCGAGACGCUUCGUUCUCGCCUCAGAACUCCAGUCAGCACCGCGACGGCGUCCCCGAGCUCCCCGACGCCGCCAAGCUCCCGCCACUCACCCGGGACGAGGAAUGUACUGCGGCCACGACGGUGGAAGCCGGCGGCGAGGAUUCGACGGAGAAGCGGCCUGUGUCGGUGGCGGAGGACCCCGUAACCCCCGGAAACGGCGCCUGCCGCUACGCGCGUUCCCUGAGCCACAUCAGCGAAAGCAGCGCCGACGGCGCGGCGCCGACGGACCGGUCGGCUGGCGAGUCUGCGGACGCGACGUCGCCGAUCUCAAGGAUUUCUAUCAGCGACAUCGAGAUGGAGCUGCGGGGCAGGACUCAGGAGCCGCCGGGCGCCGCAGACAGCGAGCGUUCGGAGGCGGGGGGGGACGGCGUGGCAGAGACACUCCCAUCUGAAACCAACGGCGAGGACGGGACGUACGUGGCCCGGCGGGUGUCUGUGGAGGAGGAGGCGGGGGGCGGGGGGCUGGAGGACCCGUCCAGGGCGGCGUGCGGCGUGCCAGACAGCGGGCUGGAGGACGCGCUGGGCGCCGUGGUCUCCUCGCUGGACGACUACCGGGGACAGUUCCCCGAGCUCCAGCUGCUGGAGCAGGAGCUGAAGCUGCUGCAGGCCACGCUGAAGGGUGGCAGCCACAGCCGCUCCCCCAGCGUCUUCAGCCUCACCGUGGAAACGGCGCUGGGCAGCUUCGACUUCCUCAACACGUCAGACUGCGAGGAAGAGGAGGAGGAGGAAGAGGAGAGGGGGGGCAGGAGGAGCAGAGGAGGGAGGUCUCUCCAGGACCGGGGCUUCUCGCCCCCCUCCUCCCCCCUCACCACAGGCUGCUCCACUCUGGACGGCGUCCUGGUGGUCCACCUGAAGAACUGCGGCGCUCAGCUGCUGCGUCUGGGCACGUUCGGCCCCCUGCGGUGCGGAGAGAUGUACGCCCUGGACAAGCUGCUGCGGGAGGCUCGGGUCCUGGAGGUGGUCCGGCGGCUCAUCAAGGAGAACCCGCGGCGGCGGCGGCAGCCGGCUGAAGUGAUACCCCAGCUGGGCCAGACACCCGGAGCGGCAUCGCUAUGGCAACAGUGCGUAGGGAAGCAGGGCAGCGUGUACAGCACCACCGCAGACACACUCCUGCUCACCCUGGCCUCUGCCUACGCCACAGUCCUGCCCUCGCCGGCCGAGCCAGUGUGUGUGUGUCUGGUGGAGCGGCUGCUGGAUCAGCGGCUGCCCCGGCGGGGCAACAGCAGGAGCGAGGUGACGGUGACGCUGUUCCAGCUGUGGAGCUACCUGGAGGCCAACGGCGUCGGCGACAUGGACACACACGUCACGGAGCUGGCGGAGGAAGUGCGGCUGGUGGAGACCCUGUCGUCCUGCGACCAGGACCUGAUCGUCCAGGCCCUGCGGCGCCCCCCGGAGUGCAGCCUGAGGAGGGAGGGGCUCCACGCCGUGGCCAGGCUGCUCCGGGACCCCCGGGGGAAAGUGUCCGCCUCGGCCAGCUCCGUGCUGAGGAGCCUGGCGGCCCAGCCCCGGCAGAGGGAGCGAGCGCUGGUCGGCUGCCUGGAGCUGCUGGAGCAGAGCGACGUGGAGGCCAGAGUGUGCGGCUGUAAAGCUCUGGCUUCUCUCAAGGCCAAAGAGAGCAUCGACCAGCUGGUGUACCUCUGCCAGACGGACAAGGAGGAAGUGCGCGACGCCGCCAAGCAGACGCUGCUGGUGCUCGGUGAGGAGGGGAAGAUGGCCCACAGACACGUGGAGACGUCUCAGGACAGCCUGCCGCGGCUCUUCGCUCCAGGAAGCAUGGCCAGCACGGCUUUCUAACGCCGCUCGAGUCCCUCGUUCAGACCGCGCCUGGUUUCACACUGGGAAAACUUUAGUAAGCUACAGAAUGUGCUUCCAGCCCUCGGCUCUGCGUUCAUACCUUUCAUUCCAGCAGCUCUGAGCUCUGCACGUCUCUGUUUUAUUUCAAUCUGCUGCAUUUUGAAUGUUUCUUUACAUCGUCUCUUCAUAAGAGAUGAGGAAUAUUUGCACGGCGCCGUGCGCAUGGUGUUUAACAGCUGUGAGCUCUGAUCCAGAGGUCUGCACAGUCUGCAGCUCUGCAGCCACUCGUCAAGCUUUUACCGAACUACAGACACAUUUUAACUUAUUUUGAUAUGAUUUGCACGUCGGACUAUAUUUGAAAACAUCUCUGAAGUCACACUUCAAGGGAACAAAUAAGAUAAUUUCACGUAAUAAGCAUGAUUAAAUCCAAAUAAUUAAGAUAGAGCUUUAUUCAAUGUGUAGCGAUUAUUUAACUGUCACUGACAGCUGUUUCACCUGUAUGUUUAUAUGUGGAGAGAAAAAGAUCGCUUUAUGUUGAAAGCUGUAAAACAGCUAAAGAAAGCUGAAGUUGCUGAAAAGAAAAGGGCUUAUAAAGGUGAAACUGCUCAUUUUACUGAAAUAACUAAAGAAAAACAAGUUUUAAAUAACAUGCAAAUGUCUUAAAGAAAUGGCUCAAACUGCAGCAAACGGUUAAAAGAGAAAAUACUGAUAUGGAUAAAUAGGGAAACAAUAGAGGUGGACUAAUGGGGCUAGAAAAGCAACACAAACAAUGAAGAACUGCUGGAAAAAUAGCAAAAAUAAAUCAAAAUGACUUCAACCUAAUAUAGCUGAAAAUGUACAAAAGUGGCAGAAAGAUAUUUAACCGAAGGUCAGAAUGUUCAAAUAACUAGGGUUUCUGUUCGGGCUCCACUGAGCUCGAGCCAGUCUGACGGCAGUGAAAGAAGUGAGGUGAAAAAGGCGAGAAAACGACCCGGAUGGUUAAAAACUGAAACGUCUCAGGUGGUUUCUGUAAAGCUGACUUUGGGGAGCUGCAGAGAGCUUUAACACACACUUGUCUGCAGACCCUCUGUGUUCACCAUGUGCAGCAAGUUGAAAUAAAGUCCAUUUUAAGCUGAGUAACUAAAACUGAAGAGGCAGUCCUCGUUCCCACACUGGAGAGAAAUAAAGGAAGUGUGUUUGACCUGCUGACAGAAUAUUCAGAGAAUAUUCAGAACCUUUCUGGAACCGCCGCAGCCGUGGACUCAUCCACAGCCAAAACAGUGACUUCUCCACUGGUCUUCAGAUUAUUCUGUCCACUGAGGAAGAGGAAAUCUUCCUCUUCCUCACACCGCGGCGUGAUUCGCUCCUUCUGACGCACAUUGAAUGUAAAGCUAUUCCAGUGAUUGUACAGUGUGUGUGUGUGUGUGUUCUGUUUUAUGCCUUUUCUCGUCACACUGGAGGGCAGAUUAAUCCAGGAGGUCUGGGAUCUGAUCACUGUAAUUAAUCUGAGGAGUGUGUUUGUAAUCCGGCCUCGAACAGGAAGCUCUUCUAACUACCACUUAGUAACUCAUCGUCACAUUUGUGAUUAUUCUGUGAGCACUUUAUGUCCAUAUUUUAUUUUUAUUUGCUCAUAGUUAUAAGAUACUUCUUUAUUCUUGAUAUAUAUUUUUUAAUUUCCUUCCCAGUCUGAAGCAUGAUUUUGUUUAUUUUCACUUGAUAUUUAUGUCAGAAAUCAGAUGACACAGAUAUGGUUUGAGGUCUGAAGCGGAGCGUGUGAUGAAGUAUUAUUAUAUAAUGUAUAUAGAUCACAUUCUGAUGAUUUACAGACCAAAGUUGAUGAGGAUGCCAAACGGACCGGCCCCGCUGGCUCCAGCUGCUCCAGAUGUUUUCUAAUCCUGCUUCAUAUCGAGUGGUGUGUGUGUGUGUGUGUGUGUGUGUGUGUGUGUGUGUGGCCUUUCAGCUUGUGUGUGUGUGACACAUGAGGACUGGAAAGAUGUUUUUUUUUUUUAAUGCAUUUUUAUGUAAGAAAUAAAACACUGAGUGCCUUAACAUGUCCACUGGAGUUAGUUCAGUGGUUGUUACUUCAACACCACGAACGUGGGUGUGUGUGUGUGUGUGUGUGUGUGUGUGUGUGUGUGUGUGUGUGUGUGUGUGUGUGUGUGUGUGUGUGUGUGUGUGUGUUCAGGUUGGGUACAGAAUGAAGAAACACAUUUAUCAUUUUGGAAUUUAUCGGACUGUAUUUUCUACCUAAUUGUGCAAAUACCAACAAAAAAACCUUCAAUGUAAAAAAAAAAAGAAUAAUUUUCAACACAGUUUUGGGAAGUUUGUUGAAUGACAGUGUGGAUUCUGUCAAUCAGAGGUUCUCAAAGUGGAGGAGCUCAACUGACACAACGUCAUGGUUAGAUGAUUUAGAUUUCAAUUUUCUUCCUUUUUUCUCUCACUAUAUUUUCAGCUAUGUUGUUUUAUUGUCAUAAAAAUGUGAAGAGAAACGUCUGGUAAAUGAUGGCUGUGUUUUACCAGUCCGGCUCCCUCUGGUCUGAAUGUUUCCCCUGAACUGAAAUGAGUUUGACAGACCUGAUAUAAAGGAUUUGUAUUCAUAUCCGUUACAGUUUACCCUCUGAUUAUGUCUCUUUGUCUGGAUUUCUGGGCUUCCUCUGGCUUUGAGAACCGCUGUGGGGGAACAAUCCUGCAGUGCGCUCAGAGAGAAGACUUUCUAACUGUACCCAUGUCAACAUGCCAGACGCUCCACGUUGACCAAGCUGUGCCUCGGACUGUUUCUGCUGUUCUCUGUAACGUGCCAACCUUCUUUACUUCUGCUCAGAUGAUCUCUGUGUGACUCUGAAAUGUCUGGAGAGCGUAACGGCGGCUGAACCAGAGACAGUUGUGCUUUUGAUGGCGUGACCUUCAGUAACGGGACUUGUGUUGGAUUUACAAGGAAAAUAAAAGCAGCGGAAGAGCUUC